AUGGACACUAUUGAGAGCCAGCAUUAUGCUCUGGUGAACACAAUCCUCCAGGACCACUUCGGCAUUCAGAAGGAUUCUUUUAAGAUCAGCGAGAUCGAAAAAGCAAAACACAAUCAUGUCUACCUCAUUCAACUCGAUCAACCGCUUCCAGAGCUACCACGGGCCAAGAACCAGUCCUCGAAACCCUUCAUAUCCGCAAUUCUAGCAGGCACCUCCAAGCUGAUACUGCGGAUCCCCAAGGAUAAUGUCAGCUUGGAGGAAUCCGUGCGCAUUCAUAAUGAAGUUGCAUUCCUCGCUCUAGCACGGGACGCAUUAUAUUCUAUCGACCCCUUGAUUAUUCCGCGAGUUUUCGGAUGGGAAGAUGCGCCAUCCCCCAGUCCUUUUGGUCUCCGCUGGAUCCUCCAAGAAUACAAAGAAGGCGAGUCGCUAAGUCCGGACGAUUUGUUUGCACUCGAUGACGACACGCAGCGUACACUACUUCAUCAGAUAGCGCAAGUUGUUAAAGCUUUUCAAGAGUAUCAACUUCCUGAGUCUAUCAUGUACGGUGGUCUUAAGUUUGAUGAUCAGGGUGAUAUCUCAAGCACAGUCACAGUGCUACCCUGCGGUGGUCCGUUUCCAAGUUAUGCUCAUUUCUUAAGGGGAAUGUGUACUUGGCAGCUGAGUGCGAGUGAGCGGAGUACUCACCUGAAUGGGUGGCGGGAUAAACCCAAAUUGCGGAAGCGGCUAGAUGCUUUCUUUGCUGAAGGGCUUGACCGGAUUCUGGCGGAGAUUCCCGAGGAUAGGCCAACUCUGGUUCAUGCAGACAUAGGCUUGCCAAACUUGCUGUUCGAUUGCGCGAAUGGCCGGCUAACUGCCGUCCUGGACUUCGGUUUUGCACAUAUUGGAGCCCCAAUCUCUGAGUACUUAUUUUCUUUCUAUGAUAUAGAUGGCCUCAUGCCUGGAAUUGCACAGCCGUUGGGUCCCCUACGCAAGUAUAUGUUGGAUGGGUUCCCUGCGCAGAAGAAAAGAAUUGAAACGAAGUUGAAACUUGCUCUGGCGUGGGAUAAUGCUUUGAUAGAUGUCGGAGCCAAAAAGCCCUCGAACAUUCCCAAGGCGGGUGAUAUAGCAGAUUUAUGGUGGUUCUCACAAGAUCUAUGUCAAGCUUUUUGGUUUAUGGACAGGUUUUUGAAGAAUAGGACCCCAGCGGCGCUGGAUAAACUGAAAGACGGCAGUGCAAGGAAUCUGGAGAGAUAUUUGAAGCAGUGGGGGUUUUGA